UCAGCUCGGUCAGGCUCGGCUCGGGUGGGCUCGGCACGGCUCAGCCCGGCCCGGCACGGCCCGCCUGCAUGCGGCGGCGGCGGCGGCGGGGCUGCCGGGCGGGAUGAGCGGCUCGGGAAUGCCGGCAGGGAUGAACGGCUCCUCGGCGGGGCUGCCGGGCGGGAUGAGCGGCCCGACGGGGCUCCCGGGAGCGCUGCCCGGUGCCGGGGGACUCCCGGCAGGGCCGAACGGCUCCUCGGCGGCGGCUGCGGGGCUGCUGGCGGGGGCCGGGGGCGCGGCGCUGGAGCUGGAGCGGGCGCUGCGCUGCUGCACCGCCGCCUCCGUGGUGACCGACGGCAGCGGCGCGGCCGAGGAGCGCAGCCUGUACAUCAUGCGGGUCGUGCAGAUCGCCGUCAUGUGCGUCCUCGCCCUCACCGUCGUCUUCGGCAUCUUCUUCCUCGGCUGCAACCUGCUCAUCAAGUCCGAGGGGAUGAUCAACUUUCUGGUGAAGGACCGCCGGCCGUCCAAGGAGGUGGAGGCGGUGGUGGUGGGGCCCUACUGACCGCCCGGCCCCGGGACAGCGCCCGGCCCCGCCGCGGACACGCCGCCGCCUCGGCUCGGAGCUUUUUCCUCCUUCAAAACCGUCCCACGGACGAUUCCCGGGAUCCCGGAGGCCCCGGAGCCGCCCGGCCCGUCCCGUCCGCCCGCGGGCUGCCAAGUAAAACGUGCUCUCAUGGCAACA